AUGGGUGGAUGUUGCUCAUCCAGCCACACAGGGCAUUUAGGAUUUAGUUUAGAGCAUCAUCCAGAAAUAGACUUAUCACCAGAUAGAAGAGUGGCUACUUGGAAAAGUUCUGAAGAAAAUGUUACAGGCUGCUGCUUUUCAAACAGAGAAAUUCGAAAUAAUGAAAAAGUGUCAGUGAAAUUUUAUGGAACAGGCUAUGUAGAUGUUGGAUUGACUUCUAUGAAUCCAUUUUAUGCAGACUAUCCUCAUUUGAAGUAUUUAUAUGGACGUGUGCUAUAUUUUGAUCCUUGUGAAAUAGAAUUUCAGAUACGCGGAGAGAAUGUUGUAAUAUCAGAGAAUGGUGAAGUAAAAGCAGACACAGUACAUAUUGGUAGUGAAGAUCAUUGGUUGAUGAUAAAAUUAGGAUGUGGUGAAAUUGAGGUCAAAAUAAAAGAAUUAACAUAA